AUGUAAAGGAAGCAGUAAUACGAAAGUGAUUUCAAUAAUUUUUAAGAAGCCAACAAAGUUUCACUUGAUUAAAUGUACUAUAAACAAGACCUUAAUGAAAAACACAAAGAGACAUGCCUCAAAAAUGCCAAGACUUUUGAAUUGUUUGCCACCUGUAUGGAAAGACAUGAGGGCAAAAUAGAUAAUAUUGCUAAAUACCUCUCGAUGAAGAUGCUCUUUAUUGAAAAAUAAGCACUACAAUGCUAUAAAGUAAACACAAAUGACAGAGAAUACGAAAGUUGCCAUCAAAGAGUUGAACAGCAGCUUCAUGAUGUCUACAGUGAAUACUACCAAGGUUUACUUCACCUUUGA